AUGGCUAGCUUGAGCUUCAUCAUUGGCAUUAUCGGCAAUAUAAUUUCUGUACUGGUUUUCACUUCUCCAAUAAAGACAUUUUUGCGAGUGGUGAAGAAGAAAUCAACUGAGAAUUAUAAGGUUCUUCCAUAUAUAACCACUCUAUUGAGCACAUGUUUGUGGACAUUCUAUGGACUUCUCAAGCCAGAUGGAUUGCUUGUUCUGACUGUCAAUGGAAUCGGUGCUGUUUUUCAAUUCAUCUAUGUGACUCUUUUUCUCAUCUAUGCUCCCCCUGAUAAGAAGAUUAAGAUAGCAAAUACGGUAGCCGUAUUAAAUGUCGGCCUUCCUGGGUCGGUAACUGCAAUAACUCUUCUAGCCAUUCAUGAUAAUAGCACGCAGUUGAUCUUUGUUGGAAUCUUAUGUGCUGGACAAACAAUUGCAAUGUAUGCAUCACCUCUUUCGUCUAUGAGAAUAGUGAUAAAGACCAAGAGUGUGGAGUACAUGCCAUUUUCCCUUUCAUUUUUCCUAUUUCUCAAUGCAGGCAUAUGGUGUAUUUAUUCUGUGCUCAUCAAAGACUUCUUUGUCGGAGUUCCAAAUGCAAUAGGCUUUGUGUUGGGUGCAACUCAACUCAUCCUUUACACAAUUUACAAGAACAAGUCAAAGAUGUCAGUUAAAUCAAGGGAUGUAAUGAGUGAAGAAAGUCCAGCUGAGCUUGUUAAAGGAGCCAUUGAGAUGCAAGGAAAUGAUCAAGAGAUCAAUCUGAAAAAUCGAAGCCUUAACAAAGGCAGCAGCAUGCCAAAGCAGCAAAUUAAUAGACAGUACAGCAUGCCAAAGAUCACAAAGACACUUUCUUUCGGCCCACAUGAAUUACACUACAAUUGUGCCCCUAUUGAUGAUGUUGAAGUUGGAGAGAAGCAUCAACCUUGA